GGAAGUGUGAUGGGAAAGACACAAAAGAUACAAACCAUUAUUGAUGUUCUUUUAAAGUUAAAGCCAAGUAAAAAAUGUAUCCACUAGUCACUACGCUGCUGACGGUGACCACUGCAACUAUGAGCAUGUCUUCUAUUAAAUAUUACGGUGAUACAUACCUGGUGACGUAUCCAGCAAUGUAUGGAGAUGUUAACACAGUUCUGUUUCUGCUGACCACUGCUUCGCUGGAAACGGUCAUAAUCUCUAUGUUAGUCUAUCAAGAAAGCAAUUUAGUACAAACAGAGGACCUGCAUUUCAGCCGACUGGAUCCUAUUACUGUAAACAGACCAGGAAUAAAAGGCGAUGUCCGCAUGAUCAGACCCUGCUACAGAUUUAAUGGGAACCGAUACUUCCGUCUGACAGUUGUAUUGCUGGACUCUACAACCUCACUGGCAAGCUUUGCUGCAAUACCUCUAGAAAUGUGGUCCACGAUCUAUUACUUUGUGGUUCUGCGCUCAAGCUCAGUUCUGUAUCUCCUCGCUGGAGUGUCGCUCAAUGUCACCUUGACACCAAAGUUUGAGCACGUGAGCUACGUGUACCAUUUCCGGGAGGAGCUCUACCGCUCUGGGGCCAAACUGAUGUUUCAGCUGGAUAGCAAUCUUGGAUUCCCAAUUUCAUUUUGUAACAAGGCGGGCCAUGGCUCUGUGAGUGGGACUUUGCAAGCUAAUCAACCCAUUGGUCUCAUUACUACUAACUGCCAUAACGUAUCGAAUAAAGAUCCGUGUCUAAAUGGCUCCUCCAAGUCAGCAGAUAUAUCGUCAGAGAUGCUUCUUGGCGAGCCCCACUAUGGUACAGACUUCAUCACGUUAUCUAUCCCAGACACAACUCUUAAGCUUGAGUACUACGUCGUGGCAAGGGAGGCAGAGACAAAUGUCCAGGUCUUGUCACAGGGUAAAGAGACCUUACUGAAGAAAGCGUUGAGCGUGGACGAUAACUGGGUUAUGUUCGAGCUAAUUAAUAAAGCAACACACAUAACAAGUGACAAACCCAUCCAGAUGAUUCUUGUGUUGAAGUCUCCUCCUUGUGGUAACGGAACACAUAAAGGGGCGGUGGUCAUUGACAGCACAGGUAUUCUGAUACCUACUCACCUAUUCUUCAACAGAUACUUUUGGAUAGCCUGGUCACACACAAAUCUGACUGUGACUUUCACGAUGAUUAUUGCAGUGAACAUAAAGUCCGUCUUCAAACUUUUACUGGACAAUAAAAAACUUCAGACUAACCUAGUAAAAUGGAGAGCAGUUAACGGAGAAUACGAAUGGAAGCUUGGGUUGAUUCCCAUUUCUGGAUACGCCCAUGACAUAUUUGAGAUGACUAACAACCCAUUUGGGUGUUACAUUUACACCCGAGGGCCGGGCACUGUGGCCUUGAAUCCAGCUGGGUUCAAAGCACGGAUGUGUGAACGCAAAGAAACAUUAGACGGCCUGAUUGACGACCUUGAUAAUGAUUGUGACGGACUCUUUAAUGAAGAGGAGGCUAACGGGAUAGAUGAUGAUUUUGACCUGAGAAUAGACGAAGACCUUAACGGAAAUGUAGUCGACUCUGUGAAUGUCCCCCCAAAUCAACUUAGAAAUAAGUGCCCCGGAGAUCUUUUCGGGGACAAUUGCCUGCACAAGUGUCACUGCGACGACAGUCCGUGUAACCGCAACGGAAACUGUUUGACAAGUACACGCUGCUCGCCUGGAUGGUUUGGUCCAGCCUGCCAGUACCGUGACUUGUGUCAGUCAGCUACCUUUGAUCACGUGAUACUAAAUGACAAUGACGACACGACGUGUCUGAAGGUACCUUGGCAUGAAAUAAAGUUCCGUCUGUCGGAGAAGUAUCCCUUGACUUGGAUCAGGAUGGUCUUUGGGAGCAAUGAUCGAGCGAAUCGCUUUUCCUUGAAGUAUGCUGAAGCUAAAACUCGGAAAGAGAUUACUUGCAAUGAAGUGAAGAUCUUUAAGUUCAGCUCCAAGAUUUACGAUGUCUUCUGUCUCGAUGUAAACGUAGCGGCGCUGAGUGUUUCCAUCAAAUGGGAAGGUGGACAGUAUCUGUGCUCUGUUCACAUGAGUGGCGGACGAAACAUCGCCUUACACGCAACGUCCAAGCAUCUACGAUCUGUGCCACCCAAGUUAGGAGACGAAUCCCCAGCACCAGACGUUGUAGAUGGAAGCUUGAAUCAAACAUUCGAAGGAGUCUUGGAGCAAAACAUUUCCAUGGCUAUUGAUAUUAUCCUAAGCCCCUUGAGAUUCGUCUACAGCGUCAAGAUUUUUAUUGGAACCCCAACGAUUGGGAGUCAGGUCGAAGUGCAACUGAUGGACGAGUCUGAAGAUAUCAUUUUCGACCAGAGGAAAGUUCUGGACGAGCAUGUGGCUCAUAUGUUGAACCCGGCACUGUCCAGUCCUCUAGCCAAAAUUCGCAUCUUGUUGAUUACAGGAUCUGUUGCUGUAAACGAAGUGGAGGUCUUUGGGGAGUGCGCUCCCCCUUUCUAUGACCUGGGAUGUUCUUCCUUCUGUGGCCUGUCAUGCCAAGACGAGCUGUGUUCUCCAGAAGGCAUGUGCUUCAAGUGUCACCCCAAAAAAUCUGGAAGGUUCUGCAGAGACAUUGUGUUCUCUGGAGCUCUGAUCGAUGACUAUCUAUAUCCGAAUGAUACAGAUUUUGAAGAAGCUGUUGGGGAGAGAUUAACGAAUGCUCAACCUCUGCUAAUUGUGGCAUCUCUGUUACCUAUCCUGGGUUUAAUCCCAUGUAUCGUAGCACUGGUCAGGGGGAAAGCAUUGAAAGCGAAGAAAACGGAAUCUGAUGAUGCCAUCUGUCUGGAUGAUGCCAAUCAGACGCAACAUUGGCCUUCUCCAACUCGUGCGCAGUGAAGAAGUGUUUCAGCCGUUUAUUAGGAGUAGAGCUCUGUGGGAUCAAGAGACGAUCUACUUUAAAAUAAUCUUCAUUAAAAAAAAACGUUCCGUUCUAUGUGCUUUUCAAAAUUUUCUAUUAAGAAAUA